AUGGCCAAGGCCACAGUUGGCGAGGUGUACGUAAAGAUCAUCAAAGACACCAUAGAACUAUCGCGCAUCGAUUUCGAGGAGGGAGGUGUCGAUGCAGCAGCUCUCGAAGUGUUGAGAUCAGAAUGGCAGACCAAGCUUUCGGCAUUGGGUACUGUGGCUCUGCCAUGGGAUCCUCCAUCGGUCAAGGAGGAGAAGCCCAACAUCAAGCGGCAGUCAUCACCUCCGCCAGCGGCUUCAAGUAACGGCAACGUUUCGAGACCCCAGGCUCAAACACAACACUCUCUCAACACUCUACCUCCGAUCAAAUCAGAGCACUUCAAGUCGGAGCACCCAACCUAUCCCCCACAACAGAGCAGCCCACCAACCCAGCAGUUCCAACAAAUGCCGAUUCCUCAGGGACGGCCAAUGGAGGCACAGCAACGUGCUGCACAGCUGCUCCAAGGUCGCUUUGGUGAACAAGCCAGUCAACAAGUCGCCAGACUCAAUGGUACUUUGCCUAACCAGUCAAUGCCUCAGCACGCUGGCUCAUACAUUAAGACCGAAGACGGCACGUACAUCAAGCCUGAUCAGACUGAUGGCGCUGGGGACGACCUCGACACUUGGCAGACCGAGUAUGCGCGGCGCAAGGCGCUGUAUGCUCGGAGUCGAGCAGAAAAGACUCCAAUCCGAGAUCAAGUCAUGAUCAUGCAACAACAGCUCGAGGGGGGCGGGUUGCUGGUACCUCUGAGUGAUCAUGACCAGCUUCCUUCCGGGGCACGUCGGGCAAUGGAUCAGUCGGCCAGACCUUCAUCGUCAGUGACUCGUGCUCAAGCGGAUGCCAGCAACGAUGACGACGAGGAAGAAGAUGUUGAUGCUAUCAACUCCGAUCUGGACGAUCCUGAUGAGCUUGAUGGUCUAGACGAGGACGAAGAAGAGGCUCCGAUUGGCCGACGGAACGUCAUGCUGUCGACCUACGAUAAGGUUCAGCGCGUCAAGAAUAAGUGGAAGUGUACACUCAAGGAUGUUGUGCUUAGAGUCGAUGGCAAUGAAUACCUAUUUCACAAAGCUCAGGGCGAAUUCGAGUGGUAG